AUCUUCGUUUAGUUAUAAUAUUUAGUAAGAAUAACUACAUGUUCAUAUUCAUGUUUGGUAGCAAAGUAGUAUUCAGAUGAUUAUAGUAUUUGGACUAAGAUGGUAGAAUAAGAUAUUGAGAUUUUGUUAGCUACCACUUCCACUAAACACAAAACCAAAAGCUCAUAGGACUCUGACCCUUGAACAGUGACACCCAUUAUCAUCCAAGAAUUGUCAACCCACAAAGCCUCUCACUCCCAGCAUGGAGAACCACAUCACACCAACAAAAAGCUCCACCAUUUCUCUCUUCCUCUCUUUCUUCUCAUCCCACCAGAUCAACAAACUAUUAUAAAUAACUCCCUCCACCUUGCCUUGAGGUGAGCAUCCCCACAAAUCCUUGCCCUGCUGAGGCAGAGAGCUAGGAAUUGUUCAUCUUGGCAGCGUGUGAAGAAAGAGAUUAUGAACAUUCAAACAGGGCAGGGAUCCAGAAAGGACUCCAUGCAUGCUCAACAAGUCUCUGUUGAUUGGAGGGGCAAACCUUGCAUGCCAAAUAAGCAUGGCGGCAUGAGAGCUGUCAUCUUUGUUUUAGGGUUUCAAGCACUGGAGAUCACGGCGAUUGCUGCAGUUGGGAACAACCUCAUAACCUAUGUCUUCAAUGAGAUGCAUUUCUCCUUGUCGAAAUCAGCAAACUUAGUGACCAAUUUUGUAGGGACUAUCUUUCUCCUGUCCCUGCUUGGCGGUUUCCUCUCAGAUUCCUAUCUGGGGAGCUUCUGGACCAUGCUAAUAUUUGGAUUUGUAGAGCUGUCUGGAUACUUAUUGCUGUCAGUGCAAGCUCAUCUGCCACAGUUGAGGCCACCCCCAUGCAACAUGAUGUCCCCAGAGGAGCACUGCAUGGAGGCAGAGGGGUUUAAGGCCACUGUCUUCUUUGUGGCUCUCUACUUGGUGGCCUUAGGAAGUGGGUGCCUGAAACCCAACAUGAUAUCACAUGGAGCUGACCAGUUCAGGAAUGAUGACCCUGCUCAGUGCAAGAAACUCUCCACUUACUUCAACAUUGCCUACUUCAGCUUCUGUGUAGGGGAGCUCAUUGCCCUCACUGUUCUCAUUUGGGUCCAGACGAGGUCGGGGAUGGAUGUCGGGUUCGGUGUGUCGGCAGGUGCCAUGGCCAUGGGGCUUGCCGUCAUGGUCUCCGGCGCCUUCUUCUACAGGAACAAACACCCACAAGGCAGCAUUUUCACACCAAUAGCAAGGGUCUUUGUAGCUGCAUUCAGCAAGAGAAAGCAAAUUUGCCCUUCAAGCUCUGACAUUCUUCACAGAAGCCACAUCAAUGAAUCCAACAAUCCACCAUUUGCCAAUAAGUUUAGGUUCUUGGACAAAGCCUGUGUCCGAGUUGAAGAUGGCUCUAACAUGAAGGAGAGCCCAUGGAGACUGUGCACAGUUUCAGAAGUAGAGCAAGUUAAGAUCAUCAUCUCGGUGAUUCCAAUUUUCGGAUGUACCAUCAUCUUCAACACCAUCUUAGCGCAGCUGCAGACCUUCUCGGUCCAACAAGGAAAUGCCAUGGACACCAAGCUCACUGAGUCAUUCCAUGUACCCCCUGCAUCCCUCCAAGCCAUCCCCUACAUCAUGCUCACUGUACUAGUGCCCAUUUACGAAACGUGCUUCGUUCCACUCACUCGAAAGUUCACCCGAACCGACUCCGGGAUCACUCCCCUGCAGCGCAUUGGUGUCGGGCUAUUCACUGUGACAUUCUCCAUGGUUGCUGCGGCCAUGAUCGAGAGGAAGAGGAGGGAGACAUACAUGGAGUCCAACAAGCUACUCUCCCUCUUUUGGAUUGCACCGCAGUUCCUAAUAUUCGGGCUCUCAGAGAUGUUCACCGCGGUGGGGCUCAUCGAGUUCUUCUACAAGCAAUCCCGGGCUGGCAUGCAGGCCUUCUUGACAGCCAUGACCUACUGCUCCUACUCAUUUGGGUUCUACUUGAGCUCCCUGCUCGUCUCACUCGUGAACAAGAUCACUUCAGGCUCAUCCAAAGACGGUUGGCUAAGUGACAACGACCUUAACAACGAUAGGCUGGACCUCUUCUAUUGGCUCCUUGCUGCCCUCAGCCUCAUCAACUUCUUCAUCUACUUACUCUGCUCCAAUUGGUAUUCCAGUAGCCUAUCUCCAUCUACUAAUGCCGGUGAAGACGACCACAUCAGUUCCUCUAAGCAUGUUCAAGCUGAGGAUAUUAUGUAAAGGGCCAUCAUCCCUCCACAUUUUUUUUUUUAACUUUACUCACCAUCCUGCAUUAUUUAUUAUAAGAAAAAAGCAGAAUUGAACGCAUGUCAGUGAACUCAGUGCUAGCUAGUAAACUUUGUCUAAC